AUGGAGGCCAGGCUGCCAUGCAUCCACCUGGGUGCCCUCGUGGUGCUCUGGGCACAGAUGGCAGCGGCCAUGGUGGACCUGGACCGGCAGAAGCUUGGAGGAUUCUGGCGGGAAGUCGGUGUGGCCUCCGAUCAAAGCCUGGUGCUGACCCCCCGGAAUCGGGUGGAGGGCCUGUUCCUCACCAUGAACAGGAGUAACCUGACCGUGAAGGUUGCGUACAAUAUCUCAGGAAGCUGCGAGAUAGACAGGGUCGUGGGCUCAGAAAUAGACACUACAGGAAAAUUCACUUUUCCUGGCCACAGAGAGAUCCAGGUGCUGGACACGGACUACGAGGGCUAUGCCAUCCUGCGGGUGUCCCUGAUGUGGCGGGGCAGGAACUUCCACGUCCUCAAGUACUUCACUCGGAGCCUGGAGGACGAGGAGCGGCUGGGGUUCUGGAGGUUCCGGGAGCUGACAGCAGACACGGGACUGUACCUGGCGGCCCGGCCUGGGCGGUGUGCCAAGCUCCUGAAGGAGAGUUUGGGGUUGUUACCCCAUUUUGCUGAUUGA